GGAGAGAUUAAUGCGUACCGGCCAGAUGGAAAACUAGAAGGGAACGUGUUUUUCCCAACGUCCUAAUGCGCAUGUGCUUUGGAAAUAAUAUUUUCUUUCCAGUCAACAGACGCCGUUUCACUGUAUUGAAAUACAGUCAUUUUAUUCCUUUCGAAGCGAGUGGUUCAACGUACGUGCGUGAGUGUGUUUUUAUUAAUUCUUUUUCCAUACCGAUCGGCGAACAGCGUUAUUUCCCACGUGCGUGCUUCGGAUACGUUUAAAUGGAAACUGUCGUUAGAAGAACUGCCCGCCAUGCUGUAAAUUGAUCGUUCCAGCUCACCUGUCAAACACAUGACAGAUCGUGAUCGUGAUCGUGUGUGUGCAUUUGUUAGCAACAAGUUCGUAGCAGGAAAAGCGCAACGUGUUCCUUGGCAACGGUUGCUAAUGAAAAGAAACCAACCCAUACAGCAGCGUGUAGAAAAAAUAGAAACAAGCUUUCCGUCGUGUCGCUUUGGUGUGUGUCUCGCAGAAAUCACAAAAGACGCCAAUUAAACGUGAAACCAUGAAGCCAUUUAUGCUGGGAGUGGUUUUCCUGCUGGCUGCCAUAGAAAGUGCCACGGCCAUCAGCUGCUACGUAUGCAAUACGACCGAUUCGACGACCCCGUUCCAGUGUAGCGAAUGGUUUGAACGGUUCGAUCGACCCGACCUCAAGCCGGUCGAUUGCUCCAACGUGUACGGGGCGAAGUACUGCAUCAAGCAUAUUGGCCGCUUCGAAGUGAACGGUAUCCUUUGCUACCAGUGUUCGUCCGCCCACUCGAUGUACUGUUCGGACAUGCUGGUCGCGGAUGAGGCAUCACCCUUCAAGCCGGAACCGUGCGAUCACGUGUUCGAAGCAGAGUACUGCAUCAAGUCAACAGCAAUGCAUGAUGGUAUUGGCGCCAAGCGUUACUGUUCGUCGCGUGAUUUAGGUAACUACUGUAACUACGUGCGGAAUCCUGGCGAUCAGAUCGAGUACCGAUCGUGCAUUUACACCUGCGACACGGACGGAUGUAAUGCUGCUCCACGUGUCCAGUUCAUUUCGGGCACCUUCAUAGCGAUGGUAGCACUGGCGGUUCCCUUCAUUCAACUAGUCGCAACACUUGUGAGGCAGUAGAAUUGUACCAGACACCUGCACCCAUUGUGUGAUGCAUUUCCUAUUGUAGCAAUGUAAUGUAGGUCUAAUAUGAUUUACAUUCCUCUUCCGUCCGUAGCUCUUAGGGAAGGGCUUCUUUUGCUAGAGAAGUUUUCGUUUUUCCGUCCAUGUUUUCCACAUUCCAUCAACAUCCCAUCAUAACGCCUCUCUGUUGUGCGUUUUUGUACACCACAAUAUGUUCAAAUGCUUUAGAAUAAUGAUAGACUUUAGUAAGAUUUUUUAAAUAAAAAAAUAAAUAGACAAACUCAUUUCGAAUGCUCUACAAAACAAAA